AUGCGCGGUUUUCGGCUAAUUGCGCCGAUCCAGCGCUCAAUAGCCAUUAUUAGCCGUCUACAACCGAUCACAGCCAACUUUCACUCUUCACCAGCUCUCAGAUCACAUGAAAACCCCCUGGGUAUCCCGAAAUCACCCGCGUCUGCGCCCAGAAUCCCCAGAAAGACAACCAGACGCCCAGAACCGAUAGCUGGGGUCAAGAAGACCAUUGUCGUCAGUUCGGCAAAGGGCGGGGUUGGCAAAUCAACCGUCUCCGUGAACACAGCACUCUCACUGGCCAAACGAGGUCUGAGGGUAGGACUCCUCGAUGUGGACAUCUUCGGACCUUCCAUCCCUACAAUGUUUGGGCUAUCAGGCGAGCCGCGUAUGACACACGAGGGAAAACUGAUUCCAAUGUCGAAAUUCGGGAUACAGGUCAUGAGCAUGGGGUUCUUGGUGGAUCCUAACAAGGCAGUGGCGUGGAGAGGACUGCUAGUACAGAAGGCGCUUGAGCAGCUGCUACAGGACGUGGACUGGGGUACAUUGGACGUUCUGGUGAUGGACUUGCCACCCGGAACGGGAGACGUUCAACUGACUAUUGCCCAAACUGUCAAGAUUGACGGAGCCAUCAUUGUGAGUACUCCUCAGGAUGUAGCUCUUGUGGACGUCGUCCGAGGUCUGGACCUGUUUGAAAAGACGUACACUAAGGUUCUGGGUCUGGUUCAGAACAUGUCUGUGUUUGUGUGUCCCAAUUGCAACCAUGAGACUCACAUCUUUGGUGUUGAUGGAGCAGUCUCUAAAGCCAAGUCUCGUGGUCUGGGGGUCCUGGGUAACGUUCCUCUUGAUCCUCAGAUCUGCUCACAGUCAGACAAGGGUGUUCCUGUUGCUGUGAGUGGAGGUGUUCAGGCAAAGUACUACGACAAGAUUGCUGAGGGUGUUGCUGAGCAGUUGGGUGUAUAG